ACGUCCUCGCCGCUCUUUGUGAAUGCCUAGCGUCAUUAAUGCGCGACUCGUGUUUAUAGACAGCCGUCAAAAAUUGAAUUUCCAAAUCUCAGCUACUUUAACCCCAAAAAUAAAAUAAGACAGUUAUUUUAGUUAAAGUCUGCAUCUUUUUUUUUUUUUUUUAUUUGACGCAUGAUUUUAAUGAGUCUGAUUUUGUCAAGUAUUUUGUCGAUGUUGUCUUCAUGUUAAUGUGAUUGGAUUAAGCUGUGAACCAAAAAGUUGCCAGAGGUCAAAGUCUUCUGUAAAUCUUCUAAUUACAAAGAUACAGUGUGGUGUAACAUGGCACCUGCAAGCAGUGUCUUAAUGUGAAAAGUCAAACAUGGAUCAAGCAGAAGAUCUGGAGACACUUGGUGAGAAACUAUACACUCUGAUUUACCCCAAGCACGCAGAGAAUGCUGGAAAACUCACAGGGAUGCUUCUGGAGUUGCCAGGUCCUGUUCUGAGUCAGAUGCUGCAGGACAAGGCCACGCUGAACGCAGCCGUGGAGAAAGCCCUCCGAGCCCUGCAGCUGGCGCAGGAGCCCAGCAAGGUAACAUGUAAGGACGAGGAUGAUGUGUCUGUGUCCUCUGACUCUCUGGGGGAGCAGCUGUUUGAGCUGGUGAAUGUUUACAACACUGGCCACUCACAGAAAAUUACAGGAAUGCUUCUGGAGCAGCACAAAGAGGCAGUUUUAAACCUUCUUUCAGAUCCAACUCUGCUGGAACAGCAGGUGAACUUCGCCCUGAAGACACUUAAGGAACAGAACAUGGAGGAGAUGGACAUUGGUGACUUGUCGGACGCCGACGACACUGAGAGGCUGGGAGAGAAGAUCUUCUCACUGGUGGAAGAGCUGGAUCCACUUCAUGCAAAUGAUAUUACAGGUAUGCUACUGGAGAUGGACCCAGCUGCUCUCCAACAGCUGCUCAGUGACCACACGGUGCUGGAGGUUGCUGUUCAGAAAGCACAAGCAGCACUGGACACACAGAAUCAAACUCUCUCUACUUAAACAGAAGAGGACAACACCAUUUUACACACAGAAUAAGACAUCAAUAAAUGAACGACUUUGAUGAACUCGGAUAAUAUAAUUCUGGGAAGAGCUGGCACAUCAUACAAGUUACCUAUAUAAGCAGCUAUCUUUGUUUUAUACUGAUUGUUGAGCGGACUGUGGAGUCUGGUUUGACUGGACUCACUGUAAAUAAUUGAAGAGUCUAGUAAGCCCAAAUGUAUCAAAAUAUAUUACCCCCUUGCUCACUUUGCUAGCAGGUGAUUGUCUUUCUCAGAUAAGUGGACUGAACAUAAGUGCCAGUGUCUAAUGAAAAACACUGAUCAAUCAAUAUUGCUCCAUCUGGGAGCCAAACUUACACAACAAGACAUCAGAAUCAUUGUCGCUGCUUGAUGAAUAUGUUUACAGUAAGAGAGGAUUUACUUAUAAGGCUGUAAAAGUGUUGCCAACAGUCAUGCUAUGACAAUGUAUUACAUUUUGGAUUUGUACUGUACAUAAUAAUGUAAGUGUAACUUGGUGAAAUGUCUUUGCUAACAGAAAAUAGAGCAGGUUAUAUAUAAA